AUGGAUGAAGCAACAAAAAAAGCAAAUGACAUGGGAAUUGAAGCUGUAUUUACAAAAAAACGCAUAAUUCGAAGGAAAAAACAAUUUGAUGAAAGCGGUAGUGAUGAGGUAAAGCAAUCAGCAGAAAAAUCUUUUAAAGAUGAGUACUUUAUUUUUAUAAUUGAUCAAGCUCUAUCUUCUCUGAGGAGUCAAUUUGAACAAUUCAAACAAUAUGGUUGCAUCUACGGAAAGAAGUUUCUCAAAAUUGAAGUUGAUCAAGACCUAUCUUCGAUCAUCUAUGUCACAAGAAAGAUUAAACGAUUGACAGUCGACGAUCAACAACUGCCCGUGCUGACUCAAAAUCCUGGAUCCGCCACUGCUCUCAACCAGCUUUAUUCAUCAAAAAAACAACCUCUGUGCAUAAUUCUUCUCUCUUUUCUAGGUUUUACCUCUAUCAAGAACAUUAUUUUGCUUCUCAAAUGGAUCUCCAUAACAUUUUUCAGAAAACCCAAAAAUUUCAAGAAUGAUGGAUCUUGGGCAAUGAUCACUGGCUCAACUGAUGGCAUAGGGAAAGCUUUUAUUGUUUACGUUGCCAAAAAAUGUCUAAACCUAAUACUAGUAAGCAGAAACUUGAGCAAACUCAAAAAUAGGACUAAUGAAAUUCAAGCCAAGUAUAUCGUAAUACAUUGA